AUGACUAGAUCACUGAAUAUCAUGAACGCUGAAAAAGAAUCAGUUAAUUCUAGCUACAAUACGGAUAAAGUUGAUCUCAAUGAAAUUGGUUCACAAAACACGGAUGGGACCUCUUUUACAUCUUCAUCAUCCAUCAAGCUACAAGUUACAGCAGAAAAGUCUAUGUUUCAGUCUGCUAUUGGUGGAAUCAUAUCAUGUAUUGGAGGUGCUGUAGGUACGGGAAAUAUCUGGCGCUUUCCACGUAUUUUAGCAACUAAUAGCACUUCCGGUGGUGCGUUAACAUUUUAUAUUGUAUGGAUUAUAAUACUAUUUUUUUGGUCUAUCCCGAUUCUUAUUGUGGAAUAUUCACUUGGAAGAUUUACUAGAAAUUCUGUUCCAUUGGCAUUUUGUAAAUUUUUUGGACAAAAAUUCUUCUGGCUAGGUGCAUGGUUGGUGACAGUAAUUUUCUUUUUGAGCUGUUAUUAUCCUGUUGUACUUGGAUGGUGUAUUUAUUAUUUCUAUAUAUCUUGUGUGUAUUCUUUACCGAAAACAGAAGAAGAAGGUUUAUCAAUUUUCAGUAAUUUUGCAGAACAUUCCUAUUGGCCAGUACUUACUCAGUUUCUGGCAGUCGCCUUAAGUGGUAUUUGUUUAGCCGGUGGAGUUAAAUGGAUUGAAAAAGCCAACAUUAUUCUUGUCCCACUAUUGCUAUUCAUAAUUGUGUUCAUGUUCGGUUGGGCAAUAACUAGACAAUAUGCAGAAAUCGGUAUUACAUUUUUAUUCACUCCAUCUUGGAGCACUUUUACAUAUCCCAAUCUUUGGAUUGCAGCUGCUGGUCAAAAUGCUUUUGAUACAAGUUCUGGUAUGGGUAUAAUGACAACCUAUUCUACAUUUAUGUCAAGAGAUUCUAGAAUAGUAGCUUACAGUUUUCUUAUCCCAAUAAUAAAUAAUCUUGUAAGCUUAUAUGCAUCUAUAAUGAUAUUUUCAACUGUGUUUUCGACAAUCAUACAAACAAGUCCUACAGUUACUCGCUCAGCAAUUGUAAAACUUAUAAAGACUUCUGGGCCUGGAAGUACAGGACUUACUUUUACUUGGAUACCAGUCUUAUUUUCUAAAUUCGGUUUAUUUGGUCGAAUUCUAUGCGCAUUGUUUUUCCUAUGCCUUGUAUGUGCUGGAAUAAGUUCAUUACUGUCAAUUACUCAGAUAGGUGUACUUGCAAUGAAAGAAUUGAAUGUACCUCAUCGGUUAGCCGUUGCUAUUGCUUUAAUUGCAUCAGCUCUUAUUGGUAUACCUUCAGCAAUCUAUCUUGACUUUUUAACAAAUCAAGAUAAUACAUGGGGAUAUGGACUUGUAAUUUCUGGAUUUUUAUUUUGUCUAUUAGUUAUUGUUUAUGGUCCAAAUCGUUAUCGACGUGUUCUUAUUAAUGAAUUUGGUAUAAAUGACUGUCAUUUAUCAAUUUUUUGGGUUCCACUUAUAGCAUUUUUAGUCCCCUUACAAUCAGUUGUACUACUAGGCUGGUGGAUGUAUGAAUCCAUAACUACCGAUCCAAAUUGGUAUCAUCUAAACUGGACAUCACUGUUAACAACAUUGUUAGAAUGGUUCGUCGCCGUGAUUGGCCUAUUAAUUUUAAACUGGAUACUUUAUCGAACAAAUAUACUCAGUAAAGCUUUAAAUAAAGCUCAUGGUUGUGAUCCGUAUAAUCCAGCAACUUAUGAAAAUACAGACGAACAAAUGGAAAAUACUAGUAUUAUCAAUAAAGAAUUUAAUAAUAUUGAUGGUAGCACUAUUUGUACUCGGUUAUAAGUGAAAACUCAAUCUUGGCAAAAUGAUAUUGAUCAGUAUAAAGCAUUGUAUAUUCCCCUAAUUUGACAAUGACUCUUUCAAUUAAAUUGUUUCUAGUCACAUUAACUUAGUUUUCUCCACUACUGGUUAUUCUGAUGAUAUAGUACAAUCAACACUUAUGAAAUGAUACUAAAGGAUCUAAAGGAUCUAAUAGGUUCCUUUAAAAAAAUCCAUAACUGUGAGUGAAAAGAAAUGUAUAAGGUUUAUAUUCUCUCAACGAUAAAAUAAAGAUUUUUUAAGCAGA